GCCAUAUCUAAGAGACGAGGCUGAGCGAAGGGAGGGAGUUUGGUCUUUUUUUGGUACUGAUGUGAACGGCCAUUGUUCGCGUUCUUUCUUUAACCAUCCGAGGCAUUUUUAUUUUUUGUUAAAAGAAAGAAAAAUCACUAAAUAAUGGGGAAGUUGGAGGAAAUAGUACGUAUCGCCAAGAAGAUGGAUAAAAUGGUCUCUAAGAAAAACACGAAUGGUGCUAUCGAUUUAUUGAAGGAGCUUAAAAGCAUACCAAUGACACUGGACCUUUUGCAGUCCACACGGGUUGGAAUGUCUGUGAAUGCUGUUAGAAAACAAAGCACAGAUGAAGAAGUCACAACACUUGCCAAGUCACUUAUCAAAUCAUGGAAGAAGCUAUUAGAUGGCCCAACAGGAGACAAAGAUGCUGAGGAUAAGAAAAAAGGAUGUUCAUCGUCCUCAAAAAACAGUUCAGAUUCCACAGAGCAAAGCUCCUGUAAGAAACCAGAACCAAGGACACCUACGACUCCAAAGAUGACAACGUUUCCACCAGUUCCUGUCACCAGUGAUACUGUCCGUAACAAAUGUAGAGAAUUGUUGUCAGCUGCUCUCCAAACAGACAAUGAUUAUGUGGCAAUAGGAACUGACUGUGAUCAUAUGGCAGCACAGAUUGAAGAAAUUGUAUUCCAAGAGAUGGGCAAUACAGAUAUGAAGUACAAAAACAGAGUGAGAAGCAGGAUAGCUAACCUAAAAGACACAAAGAACCCUAAUUUAAGGAAGAAUGUUCUCUGCGGAAAUAUUUCAGUAGAGCAGAUUGCACGAAUGACUGCUGAGGAAAUGGCAAGUGAUGAACUGAGAGAGAUUCGAAAGGCUUUAACAAAUGAAGCUAUCAGAGAACAUCAGAUGGCCAAAACAGGUGGGACUGAGACUGAUUACUUUGUUUGCGGAAAGUGCAAGAAGAAUAACUGCACUUACACACAGGUCCAAACACGAAGUGCUGAUGAACCAAUGACUACAUUUGUUUUUUGCAAUGAAUGUGGCAACAGAUGGAAGUUCUGUUAAUAGAAAUUCAGAAGACUACUUUGAAGAUGCAGCUGGACCAGCUAAAUGAAAGCUCUAACUUUAAAAGUAUCACGUAUAUUAAAUUUCUCAUUUUGCUACGUAUAUUGUUGAAAAGUAAAUAAUCUGACAUGCAGCGAUGGAAUUGAAUAUUCUAAAAUUAUGCAGCCACUCAGAUUUUGUUUAACAUAUUGUGUGGUACAGUAUUGUGUUUUAAGCUUUAUAUAAUUUAGGUUUUGAUCUGUCAUUAUUGGUAUCAGAUCGAUCUAUCAGAUAACUUUUUAAUUACAUUGUUGUGACUGUUCAGCAAUACAAAUGCUUCCAUAUUUAUAAAUUUGACAAGUUUACUUUACUUUUUAUAAUUAUUUCAUAAAUUGUAAUCUCUGUAGAAAGUGUUAUAAUUGCAGAAAUCAGCAGAUUCCUCUAUUAACACAACUGCAUUCAGAGUAUUUCAUGUUAGUGAAAAGUGCGAAAUUUGUAUCAUUUGUGAAAUUCAUUGGGGGAAGCUCAUCACAGAAUUUUUGGUGUGUUGGAUGUAUUUGUUUUUAAUUAACACAAUGCAUUUUAAAUUUUUAAAAAAGCAGAUUAAAUUUUUUCAUGUAAUUCCUCCUGUAUUUUUUUAAACCAGCUGGCUGACACCAACGCAAAAAUAUAGGUUUUAAGUUUGAAUGUUCAGUUCUCGUAAAAUAUCUAAUGCUUGCAGUUUUGCAGAUUUUUUUUCCUCAAGCCUUUGCGUCAAUUAUUAUUAUAGUCUGUACAUUUUGGAAUGGUUAUGUAUGUGUAAACAAAGUGCAAAGAAUUUAUAGAAAUUAGCAUUUGACUUCAGGAUUUCAUUUUGUCUGAUUUGUUGUAUUUAAUAUACUACCUGUGUAUUUUAAUUUUGUUCUUAAAUUUCUGUGCCUCACCAUUGCCCAGAUUGGAAUGAGAUGAGCAAGUUGCGUUGGAUUCCUCCAUGUUCAAGAUGUCUUAUAAUGAAACCCAAGCCAUCAGAGCUCUUUAUUGUUAGAAAUAUACCACUGAUAAUUACAUUGAUUCCAUGAUUAACCUUAAAUGCAGACAUAGUAGAAGCUAGAUUGGAUCUUGAAGUUUUAUAAAAUGUUAAAAUUAUAGUAUUGGGAUUUGGCUAUCUAUGCCCAAUGCUGUUUGUUUUUUUCAUUGGUACUGCCUUGUUUCAUUUCUUGAUAUCACUAUAUUUUCAGAUGCUUGCUUUUGCUUAAUUUUUAAGCACUAUGUUCAGUAACAAGCUUGAGUAUAGCUUUUUUAUUAACAUGUUGUGUUGAAAGAAUUGAUCUUUUGUUCAAGUAAAUCUCGAAUCCAUAGUAUUGAUUCUGAAAUAUGUUUAAGUAAUUUUUCAUUAUUGACCAUCUAAAGUUUUUUUAGUGUUAACUAAAACGCUUUUUUUUUGGUCAGUGAUUAUAAAGCCUAUGUUUGAAAAAGUAUUUCAGGUGUAGGAUUUUAUUGUUGUGCAGAUGUUUGUGACCCAUAUUCUUUGCAAAUCGAUGAACAAAAAUGAUCAUCGAUGUGUUCUGAAUACAGUAUUUCUUGCUACUUCAUUCAGCAGUUCUUAAAAUUACCAUGAAAGUAAUCUACUUGUAGGAAACAAACUUCAUUUUGCAACUAAAGAAUAUGAUCUUUUUGUAAGGCUAAACAUUUAGUGUAUAUGGUGAUUGCAAGCAAAUCAAGUUUGCAUUCCAAUCCUCAGGAUAACAGUGAAUAAUCUUGGGAAAGUGGGGAAAAAUACAAUACAAGGAUAGGAUCCAGAGAGGUUUAUGAGAAUGAUCUGGGAAUUAAAGGGUUAAUGUAUGAGGAUCAUUUGAAGGCUCUGGGCCUGUACUUGCUGGAGUUUAGAAGAGUGAGAUCUCAUUGAACCCAAUUGAAUAUUAAAAGCCUAAAUAAAGUGGACGUGGAGAAGAUUUUCCUAUAGUGGGGGAAUCUAGGACCAGAGGGCACAGCCUCUGAAUACAAAGAUGUCCCUUUAGAACAGAGGAGGAAUUUCUUUAACCAGAGGGUGGUGAAUCUGUGGAAUUCAUUACCACAAAUGGCUGAUGAGUUGGAUAUAUUUAAAGUGGAGCUUGAUAGGUUCUGGUUCUUGAUUAGCAAGGGUUUCAGAUGUUACAGGGAAAGCCGGGGUGGUUGAGAGGGAUAAUAAAUGAGCAUCGACAGAAUGGUGGAGCAGACCUGGUGGGCCAAAUGAGCUGAAUUAGGCCGCAAGUCUUAUUGUCUUAUGGUCUAAAAAAUAACAAUUCCUCACUGGCAUCCAAGUUACUACGGUUCUUGGCAGAGGUGAUAUUAAAUAGAAGUUUCUCUGCUCCUUGAUAAUAUCAGUCUCUGAAGCAGUGAUGACGUAACAGGCAUCUACUUGGAUUUUGCGUGUGCAGUUUUGUGGAAUUUAUAAGCAACUUGCAUUGCUGAUUUGCAGAGUUCAUCUCCAAAAAUGAACUAGAUAGAAAAAUCAAUGUUUAUCUGACCUAAACGAUUUGCAAUAUACAAUAUUUCCAAUGAUGAGUUGAUUAAACAGCAUUGUAAUUCUGGCCCAAAUGGGCCGAGGGCAUGUUGCUCAAGUUGAGGGCAACUUGCCAGCCUGUAUUAAUCAGUCUGGUUGUGCAAUAGGAGAUGCUGAAUUGCCAAGCUUGGGUUGAGAUGAUAAAAUAUUGUUUUCAAUGUAUGAGCCAUGUACCUUAACAAAUGUAAAAUCAGUGUUGUUAAGGAGUAGCAGUAGAAUCAUGUGUUUACGUUGUAAAAUGAGUACUUUGAUGUUUUAUGACAGUUUUGAAAGGGCCAAAAAGAGGGUAGGAUGUAAUUUCUAUGAUAGAUCAACUUAAAAUGGUGUAUAUAUCAGGAAGUCUUCCCAAAAUGCAGGCCACAACAUCAGUGUGUUUCUGGUCUUUACCACACUGGUCCUUUUUCAUACUGUCGGGCAUAAACUUCACUCCAGGUGCUUGGAAGCCAGUAGUAUUUGCUUACUUUGUAAUUAUCUAUAGAUUGCAAGUAAGGAUAAGUUUCAAGCUUUGCAAAUUGUUCAAAUUUUGUGAUCAAUAAGAUUUCCCAUACUCUCUGCUGUUUGCUAAGUGGGCAGUUCCAUCACUGAUCAUAGAGUUUGUGAGAUAUUGGAGAUUUUUCAAGAAGUAUUUUUUUUCUACAAUUGAAGUACCUAUAGGGGAUUAGUAUCAUAAUAAUAAUAAGCAUAAUAAGCAAUUUACACACAGGACUUUAUUGUAGAUGUGAUGUGGUUUGAAAGCAUAGUUGGAAUUAAUUCUGUGGGUAUUUCAGAGACAGAGUCUAGUCUUUUUUUGUGUUUGAAUUUAUUCAAAAGAAAUAAAUACAACAGAUGGUACACGAAUACAUUUAUAGUUAGCCUGGCAUUGAUAUCUCUGUGCAUGUGCUAUUGUGAUGAACCUGAACUUCCCAUAUGAAAGCAAUAUGAUCUAAUUGUAAUUUUUUCUGAUGACUUUAAGUUGGUGCGAAAAGGUACUUAGCAUUAUAAAAUAAUAAUGAGUUGAUAUGAAUUAAAUUUCCACUUGACUAAAUCUUGGGUGUCAUUAUUCAAUGUUGAUCAAAUUAAACUAAGAAAUGCCAAACAUCUAGAAACUACCUUUGCAACACAAGACUGUCCAGCCUAAUUUAAAACCUUAUUAGAAUGGAAUAAAAAUACUAGAAGUAUUGGAAGCCAUGUGCUUUGGUGAAUAGAAGAACCAAGUUAAUGUUUUGUAUGACUUGCCUUUCAUCAGAGUUUGAAACAGUUAACUAAAACUCAAGGUGCGGGGGAAAUAUCCAUAAUGUAGAAGUGCAAUGAUAUAAGAGAUGGUAAUGCAGGGUUAAAGAUGUACAUUUGGGCAAGUGGGUAAUUAAUUUAAACGUGAAUAAAAAUAACAGUGGUGAUUGGACUUUUU